AUGCAUCCUUCUCUUUCCUCCCACACAGGGGCCCAGAAGCGGGACCUUGAACCUGUUUUUCAUAUUGGCAAGACCUACCUGUAUGGUUACGAGGGGUUCAUCCUGCAUGGGCUGCCUGACAAAGAUCUGCCAGCAGCAGGGGUGAGGCUGACCUGCACGCUGGAGAUCAGCCAUGUGUCUCACAGUGACCACCUUCUCCAGAUUCAGUCACCAAAGCUGGAUGAAUACAAUGGCUUCUGGCCCACAGACCCUUUUGCUCCAUCUUCGAAGCUCACAGAGACCAUUGCUGCAUGUUUCAGCCAAGCCUUUAAGUUUGAAUACACUGAGGGAAGGAUUGGAAGUAUUUUUGCCCCUGAGGACUGUCCCAUCCUAUGCAUUAACCUUGUGAGAGGCAUUCUGAACAUGAUGCAGAUAACCAUCAAAAAGUCACAAAAUGUGUAUGAACUACAGGAGGCUGGGAUUGAAGGCAUCUGCCAAACCAGAUACGUUAUCGAGGAUGACAGCAAGAAUAACCAUGCCACCAUUUCCAAAAGCAAGGACCUGACAGACUGCCAAGACAAAGUGGUGAAGAACAUAGGCAUGGCAUACAUCCGCCCCUGCCCCACCUGCAACCUGAAAGCCAGAAACAUUAAGGGCACAGUGCUGUCUACUUACAAGAUGAAGUAUGAUGACAGCGGGACCUUGAUGACGUCUGCUACAUCCAAGCAGGUGUAUGAGAUCUCGCCCUUCAACGAACCCAGCGGGGAAGCAGUCACGGAGGCGAGACAAGAACUGUCUUUGGUCGGCAUUAAAAGGACUCCCAUCAGUGCUCCAAAAACUCAGCUGCAAAACCAGGGGAGUCUUCGUUAUCAUUUCUCAGGAGAGAUACUCCGGAUGCCAAUUCCUCUAGUCAGGAUUAAAAAUGCACAUUUACAGUUAACAGAAACACUGAAGCAAUUAGUUCAGAAUGACAAGGAAGGAGCCACUAAAGAAGCUUCAGCCAAAUUCUUACAAAUGAUCCAACUUUCUCGUGUAGUGACCCUUGAUCAGAUUGAGUCUUUGUGGGUGCAGUUUGCCAGCGACUUUACCUACAGGCACUGGUUCCUGAGUGCCAUCUGUGCUGCUGGAGCUACUGACACAUUCCGGUUCCUGAAGGAAAAAAUUCAUGAUAAGAAGCUGAGUAACUGGGAAGCAGCUGCAACUCUCCCUCUCGCCUUCCAUUUUGUUACACCCAACAAGGAAACCCUAGAAGUUGCCUCUACUUUUCUGACCUGUCCCGAAAUCCAGAAAGUACCAAUGCAUCGAAUAAUUGUUUACCUGGGAUAUGGUAGUAUGGUAAAUAAAUACUGUGCUCAGACUUCACUUUGUCCAAAUGAACUUCUUCAGCCGCUCCAUGACCUUGCCACUGAAGCCACCAGCAAAAGUGAUACCAAAGGCAUGGCCUUGGCACUGAAAGCCAUUGGCAAUGCAGGACAGCCCGCCAGUAUCAAACGCAUCCUGAAGUUUUUGCCAACAUUUUCCGGGGCUGCAGCUUCAUUACCAAACAGAAUUCAUACUGAUGCUGUGUUGUCCUUGAGGAAAAUUGCCAGAAAAAACCCUGCAAAAGUACGGGAGAUCUCCCUCCAGGUCUUUAUGGACAACACACUUGCUCCUAAUGUCCGAAUGGUGGCCUGUGUUGUACUCUUUGAGACUAAGCCUGCUCUUCCAACUGUAACAGCCAUGGCCAGCUCGCUGCUGACAGAGCCCAGCUUACAAGUAGCCAGUUUCACAUACUCACACAUGAAGGCUUUGGCAGUGGGCAGGAUUCCACAGCUCUAUAAGCUAUCUGCUGCUUGCAACAUCGCUGUUAAACUACUGAGCCCCAGACUUGACAGGCUGAACUUUCGUUACAGCAAAGUCAUUCAUGUUGGCCAUUAUUCCUCUGAAUAUCAAGCUGGUGCCAUUUGGAGGGUUUAUCUAAUGAACAGUCCCAAAACCAUGUUCCCAUCUGAUAUAAUCACAAAAAUACGAGGAUAUUAUGCAAACACUGCAAUGGACAUUGUUGAGGUGGCCCUGCGGUCACAAAGCCUACUGGAGCUGAUCAGGAAGCAGAGUAUUCCCUUUGCUGAGUACGACACGCACAGGACGCUGAAGGCCCUGGGCCAAACGCUUCUGGGAUGGAAAGAACUGCCUCCUGAAGACCCUCUGGUGUCCACUGAUGUCAGAAUUUUGGGCCAAGAAAUUGCCUUUUUUGACUUUGAUAAAGAUGCCAUUCAGCAGACCAUGACGGGCCUAACUGGAUCACCAAACUGGCAACCAGUGGUGAAAAAAGUAGUGGAAGAAGCCCAGCGAGGCACUUCAGGCCAAUGGAGGCUGCCGGCCAUGGUGGGCGAGCUGCGGCACAUUGUCCCCACAGUGGUGGGUGUGCCACUGGAGCUCGGUCUGUGCAGCACUACGCUGGCCCAGGCUGCAGCCAACGUGGGUAUACAGAUAAUACCACCAUUAUCUGAAAAUUUCAGGCCUUCACAGCUGUUGGAAACCAACGUGGAUAUUCAUGCUGACAUCAAGCCAAAGGCUUAUUUUCAUAUGAUUGCAAUGAUGGGGAUCAAUACACAGUAUUUCCAGAGCGGCCUUGAAUUUCAUGCAGAGUUCAGUGCCAACACUACAAUGAAAUUUGAUGCCAGGAUAAAUAUGAAAGAGAAAAAUUUGAAGAUUGAAACGCCUCCCUGCCACCAGGAGGUUGAGCUUGCAGCUGUGAGGAGUGAAGUUUAUGUUAUUUCAAGGAACAUGGAAGAAGUAGAUUCUGAAAAGAAAACCAGGCUUCUCCCCAAAGGAGAAGUACCAAUUGUCUCUGACCAGCCAUCAGAAAGUUCUUCCAGACCUGGCAGCUGGAAGCAAAGCGAUAUUCCUAGUGUGAUAUCCAAAGGAUACCAGCAAGGCUCAGAAGAGGCACAUCACUGCAGUGUACGAGGAAGAUCUUACACACGCACCUUCUGUAAAAAGCUUGAGAGUUUUGGAUGUUCUGCUUGUCUCAGCCUAAAGUCACAAACUUCUGCUUUCUUAAGGAAUACCUUUCUGCACAAAUUAGUUGGAGAACUUGAAGGCAAAAUAGUUUUGAAGCCAGUUCAUACAGAUGCCGAUAUUGACAAAAUCGAGCUGGAGAUUCAGACAGGAUCCAAAGCAGCUUCCAAAAUAAUUGAUGUGGAAAGCUCACGGUCUAAGGAAGAGGAAGAGAUAUCUCCAUACAAGGAUAUUCAAGCUAAACUGAAAAAGAUUUUAGGCAUUGAAAAGGUGUUUCAGGUCGCAAAUAAAACCCAGCACCGCAGGAGACGGGUUCACCGCACAGAAAAGUCUUCGGUUACAGGCCUCUGGGCAGAGCCCAGGGCAGCCCACCUCUCCAGCUCAGCCUCGUCUGAUGGCAGAGAGCCUGGAAACGAACACAGGAGAGAUGCAACAAGGCAAUCUGGGAAGAAGCAUGGCAGCAGGAAGAGCAGGAGAAGCAGCAGCAGCAGCAGCAGCUCUGCUAGCAGUAAAAUCUGCAGCAGCAGUGGAGAAGAUCACUCAGGGGACAGGCACUGCAGAGCAGACAGUGAAUAUUUCACCCAGCAGGCAAACCUACCUGUUUACCAGUUUUGGUUCAAGCCAGCAGAUGAACAGGACCCUGGAAGGGAAGUGCUAAACAGCAGCAUCAGUUCCUCCUCUUCUUCAGCUACUGAUGAAGGCAUCUCUAGAGCCAUGUCUCAGCCUAAAUUCCUGGGAGACAGCAAGGCACCAGCGCUGGCUGCAAUCCUCCGUGCCGUCCACAGGGCCCAGCAGCCGACGGGAUUCCAACUGGUACUGUACACUGACACCCAACCCAACAGGUCCAGGGUACAGGUGUUUGUCACAAGCAUCACAGGACCAAGUAGAUGGAAACUCUGGGCUGAUGCUUCAGUCAUAAAUUCCCAUAAAAUAUUGGGUUCUCUUAAAUGGGGUAAAGAUUGCCAGGACUACCAGAUUGCUGCUCAGAUUGCAACAGGGCAAUUUGCUGCUUAUCCAGCUAUGCAGAUGAAGCUGGAGUGGCCAAAAGUACCUUCAAUAAUUCGAACAACAGCAAGAUGGUUCUACUCAUUUCUUCCAGGAGCUGCUUAUGUGCUUGGGUUUUCCCAGAGGCAGCAGCGUGGUCCCUCUCACCAGGCAACCUUGGUUAUGGCUCUGACCUCUCCAAGAACCUGUAAUGUGGUCCUCAAGCUACCUGAGCUCACAAUUUAUGACAGAGCCAUCAGGCUUCCUCUGCCAUUCCCUUCAGGUCCAGGUACAUCGACUCCAACACUACCAUCCCCUGACUGGAGUGCCUUUUCCCAAGCAGCACUUUCAGUCAUUGAAAACCUUAAAGCUUAUUGUUCAGUUUUUCAAAACACCAUCACAACCUUCAAUGGAGUUCAAUUUAACUAUUCAAUGCCUGCAAACUGCUACCAUGUCUUGGUGCAGGACUGUAGCUCAGAACUGAAAUUCCUGGUGAUGAUGAAAAGACUUGAAGAGUCUGCAGACUUGAUAGCAAUAAACGUCAGACUCGCCAGCCAUGAGGUUGACAUGUAUGUUUCCAAUGGACUCAUCCAGUUGAAGAUUAAUGGUGUUCAAGCUCCAACAGAUAUUCUAUACACAUCUAAUUCUGACGCAAGCAUGCUGAUCAGCAGUGAGAAGGAAGGCCUGUCACUGAAAGCCCCAGAUUAUGGCAUUGAGAAACUAUAUUAUGAUGGGCGUAGACUUGAGAUUCGCAUUGCUUUCUGGAUGGCUGGAAAAACAUGUGGUAUUUGUGGAAAAUAUGAUGCUGAGAAAGAAAGGGAAUAUCAAAUGCCCAGUGGAUAUUUAGCUAAAGAUGCUGUGAGUUUUGGUCAGUCCUGGAUUAUCUCGGAAGACCCCUGCACUGGAGCUUGUAAACUGCACCGCAAAUUUGUCAAAAUUGAGAAGACGUUUGGCUUUGAGAAGGUGGCAGCAAAAUGCUUCUCCGUGGAGCCAGUUCUACACUGUGUAGAAGGCUGUUCAGCAGCCAGGACUGUUCCCGUCUCCGUGGGCUUCCACUGCGUGCCAGAUGACUCUGCUCUCAACUUGGAGCGACAGAUGGGGCUAGACCAGAAAUCCGAGGACGUCGUGAGCACGGUUCCUGCUCACACGGCGUGUUCCUGUCCCCAGCAGCCGUGCCCGGCGUGA